AUGGAGAGGCUUUUGGGCCUCUUUUCAGGAAGGGGCGAAGACACCAGAAAGUGUUUCAUUGGACAUCUUUAUGAGGAACUCGAGGAGAAUGGUAUUUCCACCAUCAUAGACAGCAGAAAGUUGGAAAAGGGGGAGGAUAUCGAGAAACUAUUUGAAUACAUAGAGAGGUCCAAGAUCUUUGUCCUCGUCUUAUCCAAAUGCUUUGCAGAAUCGAAAUGGUGCUUGAAAGAGGUGACCAAAAGUGUGGAGUGUGGGAAGGAGAUAAUGCCGGCCUUGGCAUGGAAACUUCCGGUGCUCGAAAUAGCUGUUGACAUUUAUGCUGCUGUGGCAAAAUCACUUGCUGAGAGAAAGAAAGGAAAUCAAUUGACAGAGUUUCUAAGGAAUAUCAAGGGUACAAUCGAUGAUAGUGACUGGGACAGGAAGGUGAUAGCAUGUGUUAUCUGUGGCCGUCUCAAGACAUCGUUUCAGAUUGCAUCUCGAAAUGGAAGCACAGCAGAUGUUGAUUAUGUAGCCCAUCAGGCCUUGCUGUCAAAUUCCCUCCCAGUUGUCGAUAUGUGCAGACAGUGGUUUGACCGGAACUUGUAA